UGCACCGCAUUCAGGAAAUGUUACCCUACAUCCGUUCGUAGAUGUUGUCAACACGAAAACGGGACUUUUAGUUUUUACUUUCAUUUUAUUUUAUUGAUUGGUUUUUCAGAGAAAGUGUGAUGACGCUGUUCAUUUUCAUCGCAGUGUGGGUUUUACAGAUUGGUGCAGCAGGUGGUGUUGAAGACAGUGUUUUAGUGUCACUGAUGGAGGGAGAUUCAGUCGUUCUUCACACUGAUGUUAAAACAAAACAGCAAGAAAAGAUUAAAUGGUUUUUUGAUGAUACUCGCAUCGCUCAAAUCAGUGACCUUCUCAGGAAGAACUGUACAGAUGUUGAGUGUAAUGAAGGGACUGAGAGAUUCAGAGACAGACUGAAGCUGGAUCAUCAGACUGGAUCUCUGACCAUCAUGAACAUCACAAACACAGACUCUGGAGAAUAUAAAUUACAGAUCAUCAAAACCAACAGCAUGAGCGAAAAUAUCUUUCGAGUCACUGUCCGGAAGACGGAUGAAAUGAAGACUAAGAGAGUGAACGAGGGAGAAUCUGUCACUUUGGAUCCUGGUGUAAUAAAAAACACAAAUGAUUUGAAGAAGUGGUAUUUUCAUGAUACUUUCAUCGCUGUUUUUGAUAGAGAUGCCAGCAAGAUCUUUACAGAUGAUGAGUUAGAAGAUGCUGACGGGAGAUUCAGAGACAGACUGAAACUGAACAAUCAGACUGGAUCUCUGACCAUCACAGACACCAGAACCACAGACUCUGGAGAUUAUGAGCUAAAGAUCAUCACCAACAGCAGCAGCAUCUGUCGGCAGUACAGCAUCAUAGUUAUCAGUGAAAAGAGCUUAAGUGGAACUGGCUCUAAUGGAAUUGAGUUUCUUGUUAUAGCAGGAUUAUGUGUUGGAGUUGAGCUUGUCGUUGCGGAUGUAACAGGUGAGAAUUACUGGUUUGUCUAUGCGCAUGUGUGGUGUGGUUUCAUUCAGUCAUUAUUGCAAAAAUAUGAAUAACUAAAUAUAUAGGACAGUACUGCUCCUUGGAAUGUGUAAAUUGUUUAGAGAAGAUGACUGGAUUUUUAACUGAAAAAUUAAAGUGUGUGUGUGU